ACGGUUGAGACUCGAGGGCUCGAAAAAUCUGGCUCUGGCUGAAUUCACAAUUCACCCAAGUGAUACGCUUUCGAAUUCGGGCCCGGCGUGUAAAUGAACGUGCUGCUUUCGUGACAUCAAUCCAGUGUCUUUUUUGCUAUUUUUUAGUGCCAAAAUAUUCUUUUGCCGUAUCUCCACAUCCGCUAUGUCACAGCAGACCUACAAACUCACCGAACAGCUAGAAAAUGGUUUUUAUAGAAUACUUGCGAUUAGGGGCAAUGGUAGAUUGGUUGUCAUUGUGUUUGCGCCGAGCGGAAAAAGAUUUAGUUCUCGGGAGAAACUACGCAGUUACCUGAAGUACUACAAAGGUGCCGGAAUCGACCCUGACAUUGCCUUUGCAAGACCAUUAAAAUCUGAUGUCAUCUCAAGUUCACAGAAGGGCUCUGAAGGCAGCACUCAAGGUCCUAAAACAAACGGCAGCACUGAAAAAAGCGCACCCGUCUCUGAGAGGCCCUCUGAUCAGUCACAACCAGCCAAGACCAAAGUGACUAAAAAUAAGAGAACCAAGUCUGAUGAUUCAAGCCAAGCCCCUUUGGACAAUAAGGACACUUCUCAAAAUUUGUCCAAAAGUCAAACAGAGACAGCUGUCACUAAUAUGUUACCUCCCAAGAAUCCAAAAAUGGUUAAAGCAGAAAUGAAAGCUGACUCGGAAAAGGAAAACUCAAGGCAGAAACGAGUGCUGAGGACCAAAGCAUCGAAUCCCAACGUCAACAAGGACCCAGAAGAUUCCAAGCAUGUGUCACCCUCUAAGAAGGCAAAAAUAGAACCGCCUGCAGGCCUCAAGAAUGGAAAGCCAGGAACAGGCCCCAAGCAGCCCAAAGACCCGAAAAACUUUUUCAUUGAGGUAGAGGCGCCGCUUAAGUCGCCCUACAAAUUAAUUUAUGAAGAUUUGGCGUUGGAGCCGUGGAAGGUGAUUGUAGGCUCGUUCUUAAUGAAUCGGACCAUCGCUAUCAAAGGCUGCUGCUUGGUGCAGUUAUUCUUCGAAGAGUUCCCUUCCCUGGACAAGCUGAUGAAUAAGAAGACCCUCACACAAUUUUUUACUGGAACCAAAGUGAUCCCCUGCAUGGAGGAUACCAUUGAGGAAAUACUUGAAAUUAGUCUGCGCCUGAAGGAGGGCGUGCAAUCUCUAGAUGAAAUCCCCCACAUUGAUCGUUACACCUACGAGGUGUUUCAAGUCUUUUGUGCUGGCCAGUGGGCGCAAUUUGAGCCCAGUAGCUUGGACUUGCUCACCUACGUGAAGUGGAGGAGGCUGCAACCAGUCGGUGGAGACUGAGACUGUCUCGUCAUGUUUCUACCUCGUUGUUUAUUGUUGUAUAUUCAUACAUUACUUUCAGAAAAAGACUAUAAUUAAAUUACAUGAACAAAUGCAUUAAAUGAUUCUGCUUGUCAUUUUAUGCCUUUAUUUUUUUAAAGUUGAAGCACAAAAAAUAAAUUAAUUAUGAGAUCUCAUUACAUAAAAUCAG